AUGGAAAGCUUUACUAAAACAGUAUACCGGCAAAAUGAAAAGAUGUUUUUUCUGUCCUUAACACUGCCAAAGGAAGUAGCUGUCGGUGAAGCAACCCUUCCAAUUUGGAAGGAACACUUCAAGACCUUGCUAAACCGGCAAGCGCCGUCAGGUCCUGAACUCGAGCACGUUGAUAGGCCAACAUAUGCGGUUAACGAGGGAUCACCGACCGAGUCGGAGGUUUUAGUCUGCAUUCAAAAAAUGAAGAAUGGAAAAUCUGGUGGAGACGACGGGAUUAGCGCAGAAAUGCUGAGAUAUCUUCCUCCGUCAGGGAUUCGUGAAAUGACAAAGAUCAUCCGUUCAAUAUGGAUAGACGAAAGGACACCUGACUCGUGGAGACACGUUGUCAUAAUUCCCCUCUACAAGAAGUUAUCCGUCACGGACCCUAGGAAUUAUAGAGGAAUCUUUUAUGUACAAGAUAUUGGAGCGGAUUAUCCUGAACCGACUCAUUAA